AUUUACUUCCUCACAAAAGCAAACAAAAAUUUCCUAUUGGGUUUAACGAAUGACCUUGAAGUCAGUUUUCUAUUGGUCUACCUCAAGUUUUUCCAUCCAUAAAAAUAAAUGUAAUUUUCUUUUUGAUUAUUACUCAAUACAAAAUACUUAGUUCCUUUGUUUGAAUGUAAUAUCGAGGCUGUUAUUGUUUCACUACGAAUCAGUAAAUUAUGCAAACUCUUGUGAAAUGUAAACGAUAUGUUCAUGAAUUAACUUAGUCAAAUUUGACAUUUUUCUCAUCUUUAUAUUCCAUUUUAUAAUUUGUAAUAUGAAAUGAUCUUUAUUGAAAAAGAAACUUAUACUAACUACAGUAGUAUAAAUGAUGGUUAUGUAAUGAACCCAAUUUUUAUUAUUAAUAAUCAAAAAUUAUCGGAUUAUGUAACAGCUAAUAAUCUAGAAAGUACAAGUUGGACAUUAUGGUUAGGUAUAACAGUUGUUUUACUUACAAUGAUAAUCACAUGGAUAUUACAUAUUUCCAUUAUGAUAUCUGUUUGUAGAAAUAUGUUUAUGAAACAUAUCACAUAUUAUUAUAUCAUUUCAAUCGGAUUCGUUGUGAUGUUACAUUCAUUGUUAAAUUUUCCAGUGAACAUCAUAAGUGACUUAAUUGUGAUUUUAAUUAAGGUAUAUAUUUGAGAGAAUAAAUUGAUUGCGGAUUAUAUAAUUGGCUUGAACAGUGAAAAUGAACAUCUUCAACAUUUUUGUUGUAUAUCAAUUGCUUCCGAGACAAUCGUUUGCCAUGCAAUUUUAUUGCACCUUUUAGGAUCAAGUUUAGAUACACAUUUUCGACUAACAAAACCAAAAUGGUUUUCUAAUACGACGAAUAUGUCAAGUAGAAAAUAUUUACUGGCUAUACGCUUGAAGAUAGCUGCACCAUGGAUAGUGAGUAUAUUACAGACCGGUGCACAAAUUAUACUAAGUGAUUCAUUUCCACCUGCUUAUUUGGAAGAAGGCAGAUUGUGUACAUCGCCUGAUGUUAAUUUUUUAAUAUUACGUACAUUAGUUGCAUUUCUGCUACCCUUAUUAACUAGUAUAAUAAUUUUAUUUAUGACUGCGCAUCGAGUACAAACGUUACAAUGUCAACAAAAAGAGAAUAAAACAAACGUGAAAUCUUUGAAUAUUCAACAGAAGAAACUGAAUGAUACAAUUAGCUCUCAAGUGAAAAAGCAAACAAAUUGUUGUCAUAUUACUUCUUGUAUAAAUAAAUACUGUAAAUCACGUAAACAUAAAGUGAAAUUAAUCCCCUUAUCUUUUUCCAAUCAUCAUUGUUAUUGCGAUCAUAAGCAAAAAUGUAAUUCUUUAGGCAGAUCGAAGGAUUUUCAACCUGAAUAUAAAACGUUUCACAGACAUGAAAAUAAUAAAUUCAUUGAAAAUCGACAUUCAUGGAUAGAAACAAAUCUAAAUGCAGUUAAGGAUAUAUUGGAUUCGAAUCUAAGUACCGAUGAAAAUAUUCAUAAUCGAAGUUGUAUAAGGAAAUAUUCCAAGUCUCUAUCUCAUAAACAUUUACAUUCACCUGUCUUGUUACAUAUGACACCGGUAUCGUCCCUAACAACAACGUCAACAACGACAUCUCAAUACCAACAUGGAUCAAGUUCUUCUGAUGCUGGGAUUUCAAGUCAAACAACUGAAGAUACGGAUGAAAUCAUAGUGCAUAACUGGUUUUCCCCAAGAAUAAAUAAUCAUUAUAGUGUUAGCAAUCAUUCACCCAAUUCUAUUAAUAGUGCUGUCAGUAAUAAUGAUGAUAAUGAUUAUUCACGGGAAGUAUUAGACAAUAAUCAUCAAAUUGAAAAAGUAAAUUAUAGCAGUUUUCAAAAAAUCAUCAAACAUUUUUGCCCUCAACAUGGUCAAGUAAUAAUACCAGAGUGUUUCUAUAACCCCUUAUCAUCAGUCACUGAAGAAGUUGAACCAGGACAAUACAAUAACCAACGAACAUAUGAAUUCACAUUACAAAAUAAUGAAGUAAUUCCACAAAGUGGACAGAAAAAAAAUAAUUCGCUGGAUAUAAAAAAUGUUAGAUUGCCACCGUCAACAAAUGUAACUUAUACAUCAUCGUUCACUAGUCAUAUUAUUUUUAAUAAGUUAAGUGAUAUAGAGAAAAAUGAUGAUUUAUUAUCUGAAACAUGUAAACAAAACAAUACUUUAUCACAAUCUCGGUCAAAUGACCAAAAACAACAACAGCAACAGCUAGAGUCACUGAAUCAGAGGAACAGUAGUUCUUGGUCAAAUGAAACUUGUGAACGCUUUCCUGAACAAAAAGCAAUAAAGCUUAACAUGAUUUUAUGUGCGAUAACUAUAGCCAUGUGGUCACCAUUUAUUACUGCAUCUCUUAGUCAUUUGUUGUUGAGCAACUCAAGUUAUUUUCAUUUAUUAUCCAUUGGAACUUUGAUACAUUUUAAAUGGUUAGCUUACAUGAGUUCUGUAGUCUAUCCUGUUGGAUUUUUACUGGUUGAUUCACAGUUAUGCAGAGCCACAUUUUCACAAAUAUAUUGUCGUAAAUUCUGAAAAAGUUGCAUAUAUUUCCAAACUACUUUUAGAGACUUCCGUAGUAUCCUCUAAAGUAAAUUCAUGGACUGAAAAUUUUGGAAUUUGUCUGGUAUGUGGAGGUUACAGUAAGAUUUCAAAACUGGUACCUUAUAGGUGCACGGAAAUGCGAUACUUCAACAAUAUUGCUUCACAAAUCGUGUAUUUUAAUAAUAUACAAGUAUCUGCUUAAUCCCUCUGUAUUUAUUCCUAUAUGUUAAAAGAAACCGUUAAUCGCUUCGGAUACAUUUGUUUGCCUACACUAUUCAAAUUCUACAUACAGUCAACCUGAUUGUAAAAAGUAGAAAGCUUUGGGAUGAUAUAACUAUAACUAAUAAGAGUUCAUGAAACCAUUGUUGGAAAAUUAAGAUAAACAACAAACUGCCAUGAAAAAUACAUCACACUAUCUCUCGUUCCCAUGUCGUUUAUUUACACCAUAUAUUUAAACGAAGGUUCACCACAAAUUCAAAUGACUUAUCUUCUUUGAAAGGUUCCGUCUGCGUGAGGUCCACGAAGCAUCAUCAUCUUUAAUAGUAUUUUUUGAUAACCUCGUUAAAAUGACUUUUCCUCUACUUGAUAGUCUUAAUAUAUUUUGUUCAUUUUUACUUUAUAUUGUCAAUAGAAUCUAACUCUAUGUUGGCUCGUCUUUUUGAGUGGGGUUGGUUUGUGGCUUUCUGUCAAUUAUAUGAACAGUUUGAAAACGAAAACAAAAUUUUAAGAGAAUGACUCACUUAUUGUUACGGGGUUUGAUUGUACAAUUUAUAAGCCUUUGAGGUUAGAAAACUUUGAGUAGAAAUAUAUAACUGGCUAAUUUUACGCGGCUUACGGUUUGGAUACUAUGAUACCUGAAUAAAUGCUAAUUCACUUUUGUUGUCAAAUGGAAAAGUAAACGACUUUGGGGACUGUUGUUUCAAAAGUGGAAGUGUGCUUUCUUUACCUUUAUCGCUAAGUUCUAACAAAUAUCACGGGAUAAGACAUGCUAUUAGCUUCUAUCUGUAGCUGAAAUUUACCGCUAAUGUUGAGUUGGGGA